UGAAGUCCAUGGGCUCCCGAACAAGACUCUGUAAUGUGACCAUCCCAAGCUUGCUCUCACCUGUAUAUAUGUGUAUGUAUGUCUCACAGAGAACAAGAUGUUGUAGGCAAAAAGACAAUUUCCCCAGGGGGAUUACUAAAACAUCACUAUUCUAUUUUAAUAGUAAAAGCUUAAGCACGCGAGGGAUGCAGUGUUAUACAUUUAUCUAAAUGAACCGAUGAAAUAACCUGCAUUUAAUAACGUGAAGCGUUUAACAGACACUCAGGCUUGGGAUUAGGGUUAGCCUGAAGCGGGGGCCCUGCAGCUUUAAGAGCGGCUACGCACCCCACCCUCCGUGGAUCCUCAACACACCGGAGCGCCGCUCAUCCGCCUCGCAGCGCAGCCGGACCGGCGACAGUGGUGUCCGUCUCCUGGGUGGAAAGGUGCCGUGUCCCCUCAGGUGGGGAAUGUGUGUGGCGUGACACCUCGUCUGAAAGCUGCUCCUCAUCUCGCAUCUCUGUCCCACUGAGGGCCCGCCAGUCCAGGCCACCAUCGCCAUGGCUACACACACCCCAGGCUGUGCGCCAGCCGUGCGACUCUGUCAGAAGCUCAACCGGCGCAAGACGCUGGAAGCGGACAUGAUGGCAACGUCGCUGAAGCGCUGCCUCUCCACGGUGGACCUGGCGCUGCUGGGGGUGGGUGGCAUGGUGGGCUCGGGGCUUUACGUAUUGACGGGCACCGUCGCCAAAGAGACGGCCGGCCCGGCCGUGGUGCUGUCCUUUCUCAUCGCCGGGGUGGCCUCGCUCAUGGCCGCCCUGUGCUACGCUGAGUUUGGUGCCCGCGUCCCCAAGACUGGCUCUGCUUACAUGUUCACCUAUGUGUCCGUGGGAGAGAUCUGGGCCUUCCUCAUCGGCUGGAACGUCAUCUUAGAGUACAUGAUAGGUGGAGCCGCUGUGGCCCGCGCAUGGAGCGGCUACCUGGACUCCAUCUUCAACCAUGCCAUCCAGAAUUUCACGGAGACCCACAUCAUGCAGUGGAACGUGCCCUUCAUUGCCCACUACCCCGAUCUACUGGCUGCUGCCAUCCUGCUGCUGGCCACCAUCUUCAUCUCCUUUGGCGUGCGUGUGUCCUCCUGGCUAAACCACAUCUUCUCCACCAUCAGCAUAUGCGUCAUCGUCUUCAUUCUCAUCUUCGGCUUCAUGCUGGCCGAGCCUGCAAACUGGAGCCAGAAGGAGGGCGGUUUCGCCCCCUUCGGCCUGUCUGGCAUCAUGGCGGGCACAGCCACCUGCUUCUAUGCCUUUGUCGGAUUUGAUGUGAUUGCCGCCUCUAGCGAGGAAGCCAAGAACCCGCAGCGAGCCGUGCCAGUGGCCACCGCCAUCUCCCUGGCCCUGGCGGCCAGUGCCUACAUCCUGGUGUCCACCGUGCUCACGCUCUUGGUACCCUGGCAUACGCUGGACCCCAACUCUGCCCUGUCUGAUGCUUUUUUCCGGCGUGGAUACAGCUGGGCUGGUUUCAUUGUGGCCAUUGGCUCCAUCUGUGCGAUGAACACCGUCCUGCUCAGUAACCUUUUCUCACUGCCCCGGAUAGUAUAUGCCAUGGCAGAGGAUGGCCUAUUCUUCUCCGUCUUCUCCAGAGUGAACCCCGUCACCAAGGUCCCCGUCAUCGCCAUCCAGGUCUUCGGCUGCCUCAUGGCUCUGCUGGCCCUCAUCUUUGACCUGGAGGCUCUGGUGCAGUUCCUGUCUAUCGGCACCCUGCUGGCCUACACCUUUGUGGCGGCUAGCAUCAUCGUGCUCCGCUUCCAGCCCGAGAAGGCAGCCUCUAGGUCUGGCUCCUCCAAUGCCCAGCAGGAGCCAUCACCCACCGAUUUGGAGCCCCAGACCAUGGCCCAGGAGAGUGGUGAGCUGAAGGAGUACGAGUCCUUCUCUGACAAGCUGCAGCUGGUAGAGCAGGAGAAGCAGAGCCGCGAGCGCCGGGCUGCGGGCCAGCUGAAGGCCCGCUGGGAGCCCUACCUGGGCCAUGUGCUGGGUGACUGCGAGCCUGGAGAAGUGGUGGCCUUCUCUGUGCUGGCGCUUAUGGUCAGUGGCCUCUCGCUGUGUGCCGUGCUGGUGUUCGGCAGCGGCGCGCUGCAAUUGCCCCUGUGGAGCAUCUCACUGCUGGUGGUUGUGUUUGGCCUGGCCUUCCUGCUCAGCCUGGCCCUCAUCUGGGUCCACGAACAGCAGGCCAACACCAAGACCUUCCAGGUGCCGCUGGUGCCCUUCAUCCCAGGCACCAGUAUCCUGCUCAACGUCUUCCUCAUGCUCAAGCUCAGCCCCCUCACAUGGGUGCGCUUCAUCGUCUGGCUUGUUGUAGGCCUGACUGUAUACUUUGGCUACGGGAUGUGGCACAGUAAAGAGGGCCAGCGGGAGCGCCCCCCACAAGACCUGGCAGCGCGCUACGUGGUGCUGCCCAGUGGCAGCCUGGUGGAGACCGUGCAGACGGUGCAGCCUGACGCCCAGGGUGAGGCCCCGCCCCAGAACACACCCAUGGCCACACCCACUACCACGCCCACCACUGAGGACCAGAAUGCCAAGAGAUGAUGUGUCAUGGAGGCCAACUCCAGCCCCUGUCUGCCUUUUCUUGCUUUUAAGUCCCUCUCCACACCCCCACCCCCCUCAGAUGGACCGUGGGAUGGGAGUGGAUCCCUGGUUCUCUUUCGCUUGGUGUCCAGCCCAUGGGCUGAGGUGUUGCAGGUCUCUGCGCUCUGGGCACUCUAACUGCUCUGGGGGGGGGUCCCACAGCUGUUGCCCCCUGACCUGAUCGGUUGCCUAUUUUCCUUUUUAUAUCUCAGUCUUCUUGGCACAUAAAUAAGCAGCCGGUGAUAAGCUAUUGGUGAAUGGUGUAACUGCCAUUAGCACUGGCUAGUCCACUGCUUAAAUGGACAGUCCGCUUUUUUAUGUCAUGUAUAGCAUUUUAUUCAUAGUCACAUUCACGUACGAUGAUGGGAGAACUGAAAAUGACCAACCACGUAGUCCAAAUGAGUUAUAAUGUAGUUAAGGGACCAGUCCUGCAUAAUACACCUUUGGCUCUGGGUAUGCAGGACAGCUACAGCACAGUGCAUUAUGGGAUACAGGCACACAUACCGUAAUCAUCUUUGGUGUUACUGCUAUAGGCUUUGUGGGUCACGGCUGGGGUUCUUGUAAUCAUCUCCUUUUCCAUCUUUUCAAAUAGUUGGUCGAUUUCUGUUCAGCCAAAGAAUUUAACAUUGUAUGUGUUUUGUGCGUACUGUGAAGUUCAGUGAAACACCCCCCACCACAGAACAGGAACAGCACAUUUUUAAAUGGUUUGUGACCACUGAGUGUCUUGCAUCACUGUAGUAUUGUGUAUGGGGACCACAAUCCAGCGCUGAGUGAAGCCUAGUUCAUACUUUACUUUUUCCACCUGCGCUUUUGUGCACUCCUGGGCUGGGGACUGUCGUCCGUGCAGCAGUUUGUGUUCAUACCGUGGAUGUGAAUGGUUGUACUCGGUGCAUGCUUAAUGAAAUAAUUUCUCCAGACUAGCGAAGGACAUAUGUCAUUGUCUUGAUCGGAAUGAAGCUUAUGCAAAAGCAGGAAGAGAAAAUGUUUAUAACAGCAAGUUUUAUGUCUUGUCGGGAUUUUAAAACGAUAAAAACAUCACAUUUUUUGUAAAACAAUUCACGUCGGCUUUGUCUCACAAACAAUAUAGACAGUAAAUAUGUUUAGUAUUUACUAUUUACUUCUGCCCAAUCACAUUUCUCAUUGAAAGUACUAUUCGAUUCUUAUGAUAAAAUAUGAUUUUCGGGUAAAACUCAAUAGUAAUCAAAACAUAGGUGGAAUAUAUAAAAUACAAAUGAGACAAGGUUUCCAGAACUCUUGAUGUUUAUUGUUUUAAACGGAACAAAUUGAACAAACUUUGGACAAGGUUUACAUGAAUGCCACCUACUGGAUAUACCUAGUCAAUUAUGCGCAGUCGAUGCACACGGAUUCCACUACAUGUAAAAAUGUGGGCAACCUGUGCAGCAACCUCAGCCAACCCCUGAUGAUGAAAUUUACAUCACCUCCCCCUUGCAUGACAAAAGUGCACAUGGAAAAAUGAAGUAUGAGCUGGCCUUCAGGCAGGGUUAAACGUUUGAGUCUUAUGUGUACCCUGGUGUCCUGCCUAUCCCAAAAUGCCCCGUCACACUGGUAUAUCAUAGCGUGCGCUAGAACCUUCACCAACGCCCCUCACAUGCUUUUGAAAAUACAUAUAUAUGUAUGAAAAUUGUCUCUUUUCUAUUUAUUUUAUUCUACUUUGAAUGUAUUAAUUUCCAGCCACUUAUCCUGGACAGUUGGGCUGUGCGAUAUGAAGCAUCAGGGCUGUACGCUUACUUUUAAGUAGUAGCUCAAGCAGUUUAUAUGCAAUGAACAUUCAUGUAGACAUGCAUGGAUAGGGAAGCCCCCAUGGGAAAACGCAUGCAGACAUGCACAGAUAGGGGAGCCCACACGGGACAAACAUGUAGACACGCACAGAUAGGGGAGCCCACACGGGACAAACAUGUAGACACGCACAGAUAGGGGAGCCCACACGGGCACGCAUGCAGACACGCACAGAGAGGGGACCCACAUGGGACACUCAUGCAGACACGCACAGAUAGGGGAGCCCACAUGGGACAUGCAUGCAGACACGCACAGAUGGGGGAGCCCACACGGGACAUGCAUGCAGACACGCACAGAUGGAGGAGCCCACAUGGGGCACGCAUGCAGACACGCACAGAGAGGGGACCCACACGGGACACGCAUGCAGACACGCACACAUGGGGGAGCCCACACGGGACACGCAUGCAGACACACACAUGGGGGAGCCCACACAGGACACAAGUGGGGGCUUCCUUUGCAGCCUUGAUGGUGUCUGUUCUGGAACGGCAAAAAUUUCAGUAGCAAAAAGAACUAUUCAUUAGCAUGCAGACGACUAGAGCAAAAAGAGGUCUUUUCCUUUUUUUAUUCACAUUUUCCAGCCCAAAAUGGUUCAAAAGCCACAAAAAUGCACAUGAAACUGCCUGUUUGAUCAAUAGUUCAGCAUUUUAAUUGUGACGAUUACUUACUGCACCAUGCUUAAAAAGUAGAGAUGGGUUGCUCAGUAGCCCAGCUAGUCUCACCACUAUUUGAACGCGAUGCUCAGGAGCCUCACCUGAAACCACACUGUCACAUGAUCUUUGGAAACGAAGCUUCGUUUCUCACCAACACGUCAUGCACGUCUCAAAUGAGACUCCUUCACCCUGCCCCAUAGGGAUCAUGUUAACUGCUGUGUCGUACAGCCUAUGGGUUAACACUACUCGAACACACUUUUACAGUGUCGAUUUAGAUUAUUUUAAAGAUUUACGAUAAUUAUUUACAUGCACAAUGAUUCAUCAGUGGUUGUUGCUAUUGUUACAUUUUGCUCCAUACAGACAGGUCUGUGCGCGUGAUACCUAUGCCACAAUGCCAGUAUCCAAUCCAUCUAAUAGGUCUGAUUCGGUGCCAUUACUGAUGUGAUAUACGAAUCGGUGCAUCUCUAGAAUUAACGUCACCAGCCGCAGUGAGCGUGGCUGUCUGGUAACAUCCAGAUGAGUCCUUGGAUGGAAUAUAUGCACUCUUGGGUUUUAGCCUACACAUGUGUGAAAACUGCCAAAUUGAUCCCAAACCAGUCCAAAUUUUGUUCACCUGCCCAAAGCAAACUCUCCAACUGGGCGGGAACUCACCAAAUCUAGCAACACUGAUGUCACUAUCCAAUCCAUACCACCUGCCUGAUUUGUGCCGUGCACGUCUGCGCACAUGCAGCAUUUGGAGGUGUUUCGAGCUGUUCACUUUAUCAUUUUACGGCAAACUAUAUUUACAGCGAACUAGAGUGACUUUGUCAUCGUUUAGAGAGAUCAGAUGCUGACUGAAAAAAAAAUCUUUAUUUGCUUGUGAUUUUAAGCAUUCACUAUUUGUUUUAUUUCAGAACUCACGCUGGUUGUCUAUUUCCAGUUUUUGGAUCAUCACUAUUACUUAAGUAUCUAAAAUAUAGUUUUAUAUUUCCGUGAGUUGAAAUUGCUUAUAUUCAGUAACACUGUAUUUUGGUAUACUUCUAGCUUUGGUUCACUGUUAACUUAAAAAUGAAGUUUGGCGUAUUUUGCGUUUGUUUCAGCCAUAUUAAUAUCACUCCACAUCAGUUGGAUCAGAAAAAUAAAUUGGCAAAAUAACAUACAUUUCUCCAGUUGUUUGUCCUUUUGGCAUAAUCUACUGAUUUUGCUGCAGCAUAAACAGUGGCAGGCGUCAGGGACAUACGGUCACCCCACCAUGACUGGGGUACCUAAGGAGACCCAUAAACACUUGGACACAAGUGCAGGUGCCUUACAGACCUUUUAUUAAAGAGACAGAACACAAAGAAUCUGAAAACAGAAUAUCUGGCUGAAUAUCCCAUUCUGGGCUGAUGGAGAUGGCUCACAAGCAGCCCUUAAAAUGAACCUGGUGUUGUGAAAAGAAAUGCUAACAGAUCAGACUGGGUCAUGAAACAAAGUGGCACAAAUAGGGCACCAUCGUAAAAUGUGGCGUAAAGUGUAAUGUUACACAUGCGCAGACAUGCAAGGCGCAAAUGGGGCAGGUGGCACAGUCCGUACUUUGCAAAUUCUCUGCAAACUGGUCCCUGCAACAGACUCGCCACUAAUCUUCUAAGUGUUCUCUGUUUACCUUUUUAUGUUUUAUACAUCAAUAUUUUAUAUUUUGUUACAUGCUUAAUUGAAAAUAUGCACAAAUAUUCUAAAUAAAAGCAAAAAUUAAUUAAAAAUAAAUAAGCACCUUUUAUUUGUCAAGUAUAUGAUUCAAAAUGUGAUAAGAAAUAGGUCUGCCCAUGUGGUCAUAUUGUGAUACAUAUCAUUAUCGGGAUAUGAGAUUCUGUCCAUAUCGCACAGCCCUACUGGACGGGGGGGGUGGCACCACUUAUUUACUCUCGUCCUCAUUGUCAUACUUUAUGCUGUUCUGCUGUUUUCUGAGUUUUGCGGUUCAUCUGCCCUCAGGAAUUGUAGCCCUCAAUUUAACCCUCCAUUGCUGUCAAACAGCCGGACAUUCAUGCCGGCUUCAUCCCGUGGCGUCUGGCUGAUGUACUCGUCGUCACGGAUGGGGCCCUCUCCCCCAGGAGUCCAUGUAAGAUCCUGAAAGGCCUCACAGAGACACAGGGCUUCUUUCUUUCUUUGCUCUAUAAGGCAGGGAGGGGUCAGGUUCUGCUCUUCACGUGUCACAUGUCACUGGAGCAGUCCCCGCCAGUCCUGCUGACAGAGCCACACACCUUCACUGUUGUGGGUAUUCAGCCAUUGGCCUGCGUGUGCCUGCAUGCAUUACACAAAGCGGCUCAGGCUUCAGAAGGCCAGGCAGCGUGCUGGUGGACAUCUGGGUGUGGUGUGGGGGCCGCCGGGCAGCAGUGAAUGUGAAGUGGCCUUCUGUGUUACAUUGCUGCCAUAGUCUGUCUAGACUUUCACUGGGCUCUCGGCAGUAAGGGCUGGGACUAUGGGCAUGACACUUGAGACGGUGCACCACACUUGGUGUGUAUGUAGGGGGGGGGUAGGAGGCUCUAACAGUGGCAGUUAGCUCUCAUCAGACUUAUGUUGACCGAGGGCACCAUUGCUAGGAGGCGAUUAAGAAUUAACAAUCAUAAUUUACCUUAUUUCUAAGUGUCACACACAUUAUUACAUUUGUUUAUAGUUACUACAAACACUAAUGAAGAUUAAAAAUAUGGAACAUCAGGCAGAAUAAGCCCAAACAAUUAUGGCUGGAGCAGAAGCCAUACCAGAACGUCCAGGACCAGGGCUGACAGCUACUGAUUGAAUGUCAGUUAUGUCUGUGUAGAGGGCUUAAAUGGUGUACUGAAACAUAGGACUGAAAUGCUGUACUGAAAUGGAGGGCUGAAAUGCUGUACUGAAAUGGAGGGCUGAAAUGCUAUACUGGCAUUGGACACAUCAGCUGAGCGAGAUGUACAGGAGCUGAGACUUCAGGGUUUUGAUCCCCAGGUCAGUUGCUGCUCACUGAUUCCUGAAGUGGGCCCAGUAGAAAUGUUCUGUAUGUUCUCCCACAUGCUCAUUCCCCAAUGUUCCCUUGUAGCUACGUUUUUGUUGCCCCCCCACCCUGCCCCAUCGGUUAUACUUCCUGUAUGUAAACAUAUGACACCAAGUGACCAAUGGCCUUAAAGACAUUGUAAUCAGCACAAAUGUGUUCCAUAGCAUGUGAAAGAAAAGAGUUUGGCACCUUCUGUGAUUUAUUAGAAUACCUUCAGCUUUGUGAUUCUCUGCUUGGUUUCUUUCAUAUCAAAGGAUCACAGAUUUAAGGUCAGUGCGUUGUUCUGGGUUACAUGCGCAAAAGGACCAAAUUGAAGAAAGAAGGAUUUUGUUUAUUUUUGCACAGCACACUAAUGCAAACAAAGUCCUCCCUUCCUCUCUGUAUGGCUCUGUAAUGGUGAGCCCAAUCUGUUACACAAAAGCUGUUCUUUCUCGUUGCUGACAAAGCCAUCAGUCUGCCAUCUCUCUGUGUCCUACGCCCAGUGCUUUUGUAUCACUAAGUGCUGAAUUGCCAGCGCUUGAAACCUCAGUGCUAUUGGCACGAUCCCGCUUCCCAUUGUCUUUAUUGUCACUCUUUCAGUAAGAGAGCGUAAUAUUUGGUGAUAAAUAAAUGUUUCAAAGCAA